AUGGUUCGUAAAACAUCAACUUCAUCAAAAGUAAAAAAACGAAAAGAAGCCUAUAAGCGGCAACUAAAAGCAGAUUCAAUUCCGUCAGAUUGCGUCAACUUUGUUAAUAAAGAUAUGCCAGCUAUAUUUUCUGAUGUGAUCAAGAUGAAAGAGCAAUUUGAUGAUUACAAAAUCAUUAAAGAUGUUAUUAAAAAACUUGUAUCAAAAGUUUCUCGUCUAGACAAUGAACGGAAUAGACAACUACAGAUUCGAAAUAAAAAAAAAAUAGAAGCUACUAUUAGCAAUGAAAAAUCAAUCUUAAAGCGUACCAGACAAAUCAUUUGGUUCAAAACAAAAUAUCAGAAUGUUUUAUUUCGUAAAAAGGAAAAUGAACGUGCAAUAAAAUACUUUCGAGAUAAAUAUCAUAAUAACAAUGAUUUUCGUGAGAAACAAAAGUCUCGGAUAAAAGAACAUAUUUUAGUAAAAUACCAUAAGAACACAAAUUUUCGUGUCAAAAAUAACGCACGUGCAAGCCGACGUAUUUUAAAUAAAUAUCAUACUAACAAAACAUUUCGUGAUAAAGUUAAAACACAAUCAAAUAUUCAUAUUUUAAAUAAAUAUCAUACUAAUAAAACGUUUCGUGAUAAAGUUAAAAAACAAUCAAAUAUUCAUAUUUUAAAUAAAUAUCAUACUAAUAAAGCAUUUCGUGAUGAAUAUAAAGAACGUAUGAAAACACAAUUUUCGGAAAAAUAUAAAUCUAAUAAGUCGAUACGAUUGAGAACAAUUGAACGAACAUUGAAUUGGUAUCGAAAUAAUAACACGUCAGAGAGAAAAAAUCUAAGACGACUUUAUAAUCAUAGCAGACGUGUUAUGAAAAAAUAUACUAUUAUUCAAAGUCAUAAAUAUGCAGCUAAACAUAGAAAUUUAUAUAUGGAUAACUUGAAUAGAUUUCGACAAAUUGUUCGAGAAGGACCCGAUUAUGUUUGCGUAUCAUGUCAAUUAGCACUUUUUCGUAAUCAGGUUGUACCAUUUGUUGAAAAAAAGGCAAAACAAAUGGAUCUGUAA